AUAUCCUUCAGAAAUAUCUUUUGAUUGCACCAAAGCAAGGUGAGUCACGGAAAGGGCGAGUGAGGGCUUUGAGGAGGAAGCACAAAGGGACAAACCCUCACGGAGUUUCGAGUUUAUUGGCGGAUUCGUCGAAACAAGUCAUUGGAUUCAUCUCUCUGCAUAUUUUAAUCCCCGCCCAUUUCUCCUUCUUCUUCGUCUUCCUCCUCUGUCACCUUGUUGCAGCCUUCCAGGGCUUCCUGCUGGAGCAAAAGCAGGAGGGGUUUUGAUUGUUGAUGACGUACUACUACAGUUAAAAAAGCCAUGGAAUUUUUACCCAAAAAGGACUUUCCGGUGAACCCAAAAGACUACAAACUGUACGAAGAAGUUGGUCAGGGCGUGAGCGCCACCGUCUACAGAGCUCUCUGCAUUCCACUUAAUCAAACCGUCGCUAUCAAAGUCCUCGACCUUGAGAAAUGCGGGAACGACUUGGACGCUAUUCGGAGAGAAGUGCAGACCAUGAUCCUGCUUGACCAUCCGAAUCUGCUCAAGGCUCACUGCUCUUUCACUGCCGGCAGUAGCCUCUGGAUCGUCACGCCUUACAUGGCCUCUGGAUCGUGUCUUCACAUCAUGAAAUCUGCCCACCCUGAUGGUUUUGAGCAGCCCGUUAUCGCGACUUUGUUGUAUGCGGUUCUCAAAGCCCUUGCUUAUCUGCAUUGCCAUGGACACAUUCAUAGAGAUGUUAAGGCUGGUAAUAUACUGGUUGAUACAAAAGGUGCAGUUAAGUUAGCAGACUUUGGAGUUUCAGCGAGCUUGUUCGACACUGGCCACAGACAACAUGCAAGAAAAACGUUUGUUGGAACUCCUUGCUGGAUGGCUCCGGAAGUUAUGCAGCAAUUGCAUGGAUAUGACUUUAAAGCAGACAUCUGGUCUUUUGGGAUAACAGCACUGGAACUUGCUCAUGGUCAUGCUCCAUUUUCCAAGUACCCACCAAUGAAGGUUUUGUUAAUGACCUUACAGAAUGCUCCUCCUGGCCUUGACUAUGAGAGGGACAAGAAAUUUUCAAAGUCAUUUAAAGAGAUAGUUGCUGCCUGCUUAGUUAAGGAUCCAAAGAAGCGUCCUACUGCAGAAAAGCUCUUGAAUCACCGUUUCUUCAAACAUGUGCAUUCAAAGGAGCUUAUAGCGGAGUCAAUUCUUAAUGGUCUUUCUCCCCUUGGAGAUCGUUUUAGAAUGUUGAAGGAAAAAGAGGCUGAGUUCUUUGCACAAAGUGAGUCUUUUUAUGGUGACAAAGACCAUUUAUCACAGCAAGAGUAUAUACGAGGCAUCAGUGCAUGGAAUUUUGAUGUAGAUGAUUUGAAAAGACAGGCUGCUAUUAUUCAAGAUGAUGAUGGCAUCACCAUUGCUGAAAACCAAGACUGGAGCUGCAAACAGAAUGGUGGAUUUGGUAAAUCAGCUGGUCUGACAGAAAGAGAUCCCAUUAAUGCACAUGUGGAUAGUUUCAAUUAUAGUAGAAAAGAUUCUGGCCUUGGGGAAAUUGAAGAAAUUGCUGAUUUAUCACCAUCAGUGCAAGGAAAAAAGAGUGGCUAUUUUGGUGUUGAUUUGGAAAGAAUAGUACCUUCCUCAAAAACCGAUCAUUCCCCUUCUGUCAGUGGUGAUGAGGGCAGUGAUCACUUAGAACGUCAUCAGAAGAGAGAUGGUAGUUGUUCUUCAUAUGAGACCGCAUCAGAUGACCAAGGGUUGCAGGGGCGAUUCAAUAGCACGGUCCCAUAUUCCAGUCCUAAGGACACUCCAAACGGCUUUAUAAUCUCUUCUGUAAUUGGUACAUCUGCUUCCAUUAUUCCUGCGCUCCAUUAUAUUUUGCAGAAAAACGCCAUGCAAAAGGAAGAAACAAUGAGAUUGAUUGAAAUUGUAGAUCAAAUCACUGGAAAUCAUACAGAGAUCACAGAGGCAGUAACCAGUAUCAAGAACUUGCAGAUGUGUACGGCUUCUGCAAGAGAGAGAGUCUUAGAAUCCCAUGUGAUUGGUAUUCAACAAAGAAUUGACAAACUUGUCGAAGAGUUGCAGAUACAGAAAACAAGGAAUGUCAAGCUGGAGAGGCGAUUAAGUGCUUUGGGUGAUAAGAAGUAGGAGUUGUCGGGCCUUCUUUCCAUAUUCAAGAGGAUUUACAUUUGUUCUUGUUAGGAAAACAAAACUUCACGUUGUAUAUCGGCGAGGGCAUACGUCAUUGUAAUUAUAAGAACUCAUUUGUAAACUAAUCUUUGGUUCUACCUUAACCCGUUCGGCUUGUUUGAACAGUCAAUAAAUCUGGCCUUCUACUAUGGAAAUGAGAUAAGUUAUACAAUUACACAUCAA